AUGUCCGCCGGUUCUUGCGCUGUCGUCGCCGCCACCCUUGGUCUUGCUGGUGGCCGCCGUGCCCAGGGUGGUCAAUCUACCACUUACUACUGCUAUUACAACACCGUCUUACAGCCUAAUGGUGAUUCUGAAGCUGGCGUCCCUGCUGAACUUCGUGUAUACAGCCCCAAAGACAGCGUCGUGCUUCCAGAUAACAGCGUCGUUUUUGCCUACGCCCGUGUGUAUAUCCCUGCGCAAGGUCCUGCUCUACUCGACGCAAUUCAAAUUUAUCCCUUUCCGGGCGACCCUUCCGAUGACGACUAUGACAACAAUCUUCCCACUAUCCCACCUUUCCUCUUUGCAACCGGGAUCAUCCGCUCCGUGCGUGAUGUGACCACCUUGGACAAGAACAAGUACGUCUUGCUCGAGGUCUCGGACCGAGUACGGGAUGGGAAGAAGGGUUUCACCUUCGAGGCGAAGUUCACAGGUGCCACUCCUCGCUGGAACCGUGUGCCACUUCCCAGCUUGCAGUCAAAUGCGCAAAUCAUUGGUAUCCUGUGCAACGAGCGCCGUACUGAUGGCACGGUAACCAUUGAGGCGGAGUCUCUCACUUUCAACGCACUACCUCUCGCCACCUCUGCCGAUGGUGCUGGCCCCCCGCCUUCAACACCUCCAGCUAAGAAGAGGAAGUACAACGCGUACCUGUCAUCUGGUUCGUCACCAAUGUCUCCUGCUGAAAGUGCUUCUUCACUCGCAGGCCCAUCUGGUUCACCUCAGUCAGGUGGGCGCGAACAUGUUCGUGCCAGCGGUGAAGAGAUGCCCAGCAGGCAACCAGAGGAUCCAGAGACAUCUGGCAGUAGUUCACUCACUGUUCUUAUCACUGCUUCUGCUGAAGACGUUGGGGCUCCCACCGCAAAAGCUGCUGGCAAAAGAAAGGCCAAGCAAUAAACUUUCAGUCCCACUUUCCCUUCUUCUUCUAUUAUGUCUGUUUGUCCUGACGUCUCGCAAUGGUGUUGGUAUAUAUGAAUAUGUGAUAAUUAUUUUGCUUGGACGUGGCACUCCAUCUGUG